CGGAAUGAGAAGACAUAGGGAGAUUAAAUAAAAAAGUAUAGGGAGAGGAAACAGACAAAUAGAGGAGGUGCAGGAAGGAGCAGGACUGUAGAGAGAAAAAGGGGGACGACAAACAAGAGAAAUCACGGAGGAGAUGGAGAUGAGGUGGGAACAUGAGGGGAUGAGGAAGAGGAGCUGGUGAAGAAAGAGGAGCUGGUGAUGCCAAAGAGAGAUGAGAGAGAGAAAAGCUGGAGGAGUAUGUAACAGGCUGUUACAUGUCAGCGGCAGGCACUUCUACUAAAGUACAAGUCUGGACAGCCUGCCUCAGCACAGAGAUGCACAGCUGACGAAACCCUCCGCCGACACACUGCCAUGCCCUCAGUGAUGGAGCGCUCGGGGUCCGGGGUCCUGUCCAGGAGCAGAGCCAAAACCGUAACCAACGGCAACAGCCAACCACACUCUGAAGAGGAUAGCAGCGAUGAAGAGCAUGCUCAUGACAGUAUGAUCCGAGUGGGAGGAGACUACCAGGCUCAGAUACCAGAGUUCAAACCAGACAGUCCAACCCGCUACGACGAGAAGGACCAGAGGAGCAUGUUGGUCUGGUGUCCCAACGUUCAGCUUUCUGAUGCAAUGUUGGACGAGUACAUCCUAAUGGCUAAAGAGAAACAUGGAUACAACAUGGAGCAGGCUCUGGGCAUGUUAUUAUGGCACAAACACGAUGUGGAGCGCUCGCUGGCCGACCUGGCCAACUUCACCCCGUUCCCAGACGAGUGGACAGUGGAGGAUAAAGUGCUGUUUGAGCAGGCCUUCAGCUUCCACGGCAAGAGCUUCCACCGCAUCCAGCAGAUGCUUCCAGACAAGCUGAUCUCCAGCCUGGUGAAAUACUACUACAGCUGGAAGAAGACCAGGACCAGGACCUCCGUCAUGGACCGACAGGCCAGGAGGCUGGUCAGCAAGAGAGAGAAAGAAGACAGUAAUGAUGAGAUUGAGGAAGCGGACCCUGGCAGCGACAGUGACUUUGAGAUUGACGCCAAGAAAGAGGCAGUGAAACAGAACCCUAACAGCGCCAACUCUGACAAGACGACCCCAAAUCGCCCAGGGUCGAUAAAGAAGGAGAAUCUCGGGGGUCAGUACCGCCACCACCCGCUCAGAGCCCGGCGCAGGCCACCCAAAGGCAUGUUCCUGGAGCAGGGAGACAUCAUGACUGUGUCGGCCUCCCACAACGCCGGGGUGCUCACUAUACGACAUCUGGACACGCAGUUGGUGUCACUCAAGAGACAGGUCCAGUCCAUCAAACAGAACAACAGUAGUUUGAAACAGAGUUUAAACGAAGGCGUUGACACUUUAAAACCUGCCGAGCCUGCCCCAAAGAUGAACUCUCGUUGGACCACAGAGGAGCAGCUCCUGGCUGUGCAGGCUAUCCGACGCUAUGGUAAAGACUUCGCAGCCAUCGCUGAGGUGAUCGGGACCAAAACACCAGCUCAGGUGAGUUCGUUCUUCGUGAGCUACCGGCGCAGGUUCAACCUGGACGAGGUGCUGAGGGAGUGGGCGGCCGAGCAGGUGGCCACCAGCCGAGACCAGAGGGACCCCAGGAGGAGCAGCGAGGAGAUGGAAGCCACUGCAGACGGAGCCACCGAGGAGGACGAGGUCAAAAUAGAAGACUCUCCCUCGGACGCCGUCGGCGGCUCCUCUCCCCCGUCCUCCACCCAGACUCCCUCCUCUCUCUCCCAGCCUCCUCCGCUGCUGCGCCCUGCACCUCCCUCGGCUCCCCCCAGCCUCCUCCGUCAGCCUCCUCCUCUGCAGACGCGCCCGCUCCAGACUCGAGCGCCCCACAACCACCCCCCGCCUCCGCUCAUCCGGCCCGCAGUGACCACCUCGUCCACCUCCACCGGGAGCUCCAGCCUCAGGGCUUCUCCUCCCAGUUCGUCCCCCGCUGCAGGGCAGAUGCCUCCUUCACUCGUCGGGCUCAAAGUGGAGCAGCCCAACUCUCACUGAUACUCACACACACUUAUGACAAUAGGAAUAGACACACACACACACAUACAAGUUAGCAUGCAGACAAACACGAUGCUUAAUCUUCCGUCACCCUGUAACGCCAUUACAAGUCACAUGACCACACUAUCCCUCGAACACGCUCAGGUCCCCGAGGUGUCAUCACAACUCUUAACAUGCAGGAAGAGUGUACGGACCCCUGCAGGUCCCCUUAGUAAGGCAAGUGGCCUGAAGCCCCCUUUACUGUACUAACAAACACCUACCUCCAGACACACACACUACAAACAAGCUAGGAACUCAAAACUACCUGCACACACACACACCUCCCUGAACGACAACAAAGAGACACUGGAUCAUCAAGCCGUUGAAGCCAUGAGCCAUGAACCCACCUGCUCGUUUCCAUGGCAACUGCUGAACAUCUGGAUUGUGGAGGAGUGUGGUUGAACACACACACACACACACUAUAAAUAUAUCUAUCUAUACUGUAGGGUCCACUGGGCAGGUUUGAAGUCAUCCAGAACAACAAUCAGGAAAAUGAAAUAAUGAGCAGAACCCGCUCCUGAGAGCUGACGCGGAUUAGAAGAAACGGGUCUUCUCAGAUUGAGCUUCGCUUUAGAGCUCGGGACCCUCACGGAGGAGGGGGUCGGUACUUUUGCAAAGAAACCGGGCUUUGUACUCGAAGCUGAGUUUACUGUUGAGGCUUUUAAGAGUUGAAGUUGAGAAAUGGAAAAACAAGAGCGCGUCGCCCUCUUCGCUCAUAGCCAUGUAUUACUAGUAUUAACUGGAGUGAUGUUUUCCCUUUUUUUGACUAGACUUUUAAAGUGAGCUGUAGGCAGUUAGUUAUUGUAAGUAGUUUAGAUAGUGCAUACUUUAUUAUUAUUAUGAUGAUGAUUAUUGACUGUCUUCUGCCGCAGCUUGUUUUUCUGUGGCUCAGUGUUGAAGUCUCUCUCCGUCUGCUGACACGGUCCUGUGAAGACACACUGAACACAUCAGCCUCUGUUGAAAAACGAGUAGAGGAGACUUUUAAAGUGAAGGGGACGCCUGACCUUUCCUGACCUCCGAUAAUCGUACACUGAAAAAUAAAAUGUUCUGCCAAAGUCUGUUAUUGCUUUAAAAGCUCAUCGUCCCAGAGUUCCCAUGUCGGUUUGAUUUGACCUUGUUGACUUGCUCCCUACAUGUUGGUCACAGGAAAAGUAGUAAAACAAAAAGGUGUUCGAGGAAUAAUCUGGGGAAACACAUGUAUUCGCUUUUUUGCUGAGUCAGACGAGAUCGAUUCCCCCAGUUGGUAUGCUGGAGUUGAAGUUUGGAGGUGAUUAGCGUAGCUUAGCAUAAAAAUUGGACAAGGUAAGACUGAAAUUGUUUUUUUAUGUUUUGUUUGUGUACAGAUCAAUGACUCAAAAUAAUGUUUUGGUUAGUGAGCUUGAGAGGAUUUAACUUUUUAGAUUGGGUGCAGUCUUUAUGCUAAGCUAACCGCCUGCUUGCAUUAGCUUCAUAUUUAGCGCGCAGAUAAAUGUGCAGCCGGCUAACUUAGCUUAGCACAAAGACUGGAAGCAUGGAAGCAGCUUUAUCUGUUCAAAAGUGACAACCCUCUAAAGCUCGCUAAUUAAAAUGUUAUAUGUUUAAUGCGUAUGAAAUGAUUAAAGUUGAGUAUUUUGUUAGAUGUUGAUGUGAUGACGGCUCUGAGUCCAGUAAAAGCAGCUUUCUCACUUUAAAGUCUGCUAAUGUCAGACAGUUAAUAAUUGAGCUGUCAGGAAACGCUGCUUCUCAGUCCUGUCAGUUUCUGCCUCUGAAAUGUUCUUCAGUCACACCUCAUGAACAAAAUGACCGACUGAUAUUCUGCUGCGGUUACUUCUUUGUGACUGCCACACAAUCCCUGCAGAGACUCCUCUCUUCAUAGUCUAGUUGUCAGUACAGGAGAGAAUUAGGAAGAAUGGUCAUUUAUUUUUGCAGUUUGAGAAUAAAGUUCAACUUUCAGUAUAUGCGCUAAUUACUUUAUUUUCAAAAUGCAAAAUAAAUCAAAUUCAAUUCCUGCCUCCUGAUAUUCUUUUCGUAUGCCUGGCACUAAGUCAAAAUUCAGCUUUAUUCUCGAAAUGCAAAACAAAUCUUCAUUGUCCUCAUGGCCCUCGUCCUCUUCUGUAUGUCUGCGUCGCUGCCUCUUUCCAGCAGAUCUGGGAUCAGUCGUGUAAACGUUUCUUUAAACUGCUCAGAGGUUCUUCACUAACUGUCCUUCAGCAUUUAGUUCACUGAGCAGGAAUCAAAUCUCUCUGGCUUUAAAGUGUCUUGCCUUUUGACUUACGUUUUCCUAAUUGUUCCUUCCUCCAAAAACUGCUUGUGUGUGUACUGUGUGUGAGAAGUUGUUUACAUUGUGGAAACUGAACCUGUUUGUGUUUGAGAAAUGUUUUUUUUAGAAUAAAGAAAUUACCAAAUA